UGUGUUUCCGCCGGUAGAAGAAGUGUGUGACCCUGCUCUGUGGGAAGCGGCUUCUUGUUGCCACGUCGGAAGAACCGGGUUUAUUCAUUUAGAAUAAAAUACUACCAUAUUCUGGAUAGUUUCCUGCUUUAGCUGCAGUCAUGGUUUCCGUUAUCAACACGGUGGACACCUCUCAUGAGGAUAUGAUCCACGAUGCCCAGAUGGAUUACUACGGGACUCGCCUCGCCACCUGCUCCUCGGACCGCACCGUGAAGAUGUUCGACGUCAGAAACGGAGGACAGAUCCUGGUGGCUGACCUCAGAGGCCACGAGGGUCCGGUUUGGCAGGUGGCCUGGGCUCACCCCAUGUUCGGAAACAUCCUGGCUUCCUGUUCCUACGACCGAAAAGUCAUCAUCUGGAAGGAGGAGAACGGCAGCUGGGACAAGAUGCACGAGUACUGCGGACACGAGUCAUCAGUGAACUCUGUGUGUUGGGGUCCCUAUGACUUCGGUCUGAUUCUGGCCUGCGGCAGCUCGGACGGAGCCAUUUCUAUCCUCACUUUCACCGGAGAUCAGCAGUGGGACGUCAAGAAGAUCAGCAACGCACACACUAUCGGCUGUAACGCGGUGAGCUGGGCUCCGGCUGUGGUUCCCGGCAGUUUGAUCGAUCAGCCGUCGGGACAGAAACCAAACUACGUCAAACGCUUCGUCUCCGGAGGCUGCGACAACCUCGUCAAGCUCUGGAAAGAGGAGGACGGUCAGUGGAAGGAGGACCAGAAGCUGGAGGCUCACAGUGAUUGGGUGAGAGACGUCGGCUGGGCCCCGUCCAUCGGGCUGCCCACCAGCACCAUCGCCAGCUGCUCCCAGGACGGACGCGUGUUCAUCUGGUCGUGUGACGACCCGGCUGGAAACACCUGGACGGCUAAACUCCUCCACAAGUUCAACGAUGUGGUUUGGCACGUCAGCUGGUCCAUCACCGGAAACAUCCUGGCUGUUUCAGGAGGAGACAACAAGGUGACGCUGUGGAAGGAGUCGAUGGACGGGCAGUGGGCCUGCAUCAGUGACGUCAGCAAAGGACAAGGAGCCGUCUCCACCAUCACAGACACACAGCAGAGCGAGCAGUGACACACACACACACACACACACACACACACACACACACACACACACACACACACACACACACACACACACACACUUAUAACAUGACCCCUGGCUCUACAAGGACGACCCGAUCUUCAGAGAUGAUUUUAGCGUUAGGAAUUAACACGCCGGACAUUUCAACAGAACCUUGUCCACACUCAUUGAGAUUCUUGUGUAAUGUUUCUGUUUGAUGAUCACAUUUGUCCGGGAUAAAUGUUCCCAAAGUUGAUCAGAGACGGAGGAAACGUGCAUUGAAUGAAGCAGAAUCUCUGCAAAUGCAAACCUUAUAAUAACGGUAGAGUGCUGGUCCAGAUUGAAAUCCAUCCAUGAUGCUUUUCCCCCUGAAAACAUUCCUCCUCCUCCAGCGGAGAACAGCAGCAAGCCUCCACCUGCAACUAUAAAACAUCAUCUCCAUUUUAUUGAAUGCAUUUGUUUCAAAACUAGUUUCCUCAUGUUCUCAGAGUGAGAAAAAUCAGAGAAAGAGAUACGUCCUACACUUCAUCCAGUAGGUUAAUCAAGUACAUAGAUACAUGAUGUAUUGAUGAGUACACAUUGUUUACCACUCAAUACAAGAGGCUCAAUAAAUACAGAGAUGUAAUCAGAACAUGCCUUAUGUUUGGCCCCCUGAAUGACUCGCUGCCAACACAACCGUGAAUUAAGCAUCAACAGUUGUGAGAUCAGAAAACCCUGGAUGUGUGUUUCAUAUUUGAUGUAAUUAAUAAAACUAUAAUAUUAAAAUAA